CUUCAGCUUGGAUCUAGCCCAACUGGGAGACAACAGAGGCAGGCCCAAAUUUACCGUUCGAGUCAAAUCUUUGAUUCAAGCUCAGAUCUUGAGCUCCCUCCAACGAGACGAACAUGGCGUCCCUGCCGUACGCUGACGUGGAUUCCAGCCUGAGAGCACUUGCGGGUCGGGCCGAGGGGUUUGGGAGGUUGUCGGUUGGAGGCCUCCACGGACCGGUCUAUUGCGUCUCCACUCUCGCAGAUGAUGGUCCAGGAUCCCUUCGUGAAGGAUGCCGAAGAAAAGAGCCACUCUGGAUUGUUUUUGAAGUUUCGGGUGUGAUUUGUCUUUCUUCUUACUUGAGUGUAUCGUCUUAUAAGACAAUUGAUGGCCGGGGCCAAAGGAUAAAGCUCACGGGAAAGGGCUUAAGACUGAAGGAAUGUGAACACAUAAUUAUAUGCAACCUUGAGUUUGAAGGUGGUAGAGGGCAUGAUGUUGAUGGUAUUCAAAUAAAGCCAAAUUCAAGGCACAUAUGGAUUGACCGGUGCAGUCUUCGUGAUUAUGAUGAUGGACUUAUAGAUAUUACCAGACAAAGCACUGAUAUAACUAUUUCAAGAUGUUACUUUACGCGACAUGACAAGACAAUGCUCAUUGGGGCAGACCCCUCUCACAUUGGCGAUAGAUGCAUUCGGGUGACAAUUCAUCAUUGUUUUUUUGAUGGGACACGGCAAAGGCACCCUCGUGUUAGAUUUGGAAAAGUUCAUCUAUACAACAAUUACACCAGAAACUGGGGUAUAUAUGCUGUUUGUGCCAGUGUAGAAGCCCAGAUAUACUCUGAAUGCAACAUAUAUGAAGCAGGACACAAGAAAAAGACUUUUGAAUAUUAUACAGAGAAGGCAGCAGAUCUGGAGGAGGCAAAGACUGGCGUAGUAAGAUCAGAGGGAGACUCGUUUCUGAAUGGAGCUCAAGCUUGCUCAGUAACAGGGGUCGGGGAAGAAUGUGUGUUCCAUCCAAGUAAAUUUUACCCAACAUGGACAAUGGAAGCACCCUCAGAUUCUCUUAAAAAUGUUCUCCAAAUUUGUACAGGUUGGCAAUCCAUUUGUAGGCCUGCGGAGCAGACAGUAAUUUCAUAGUUACUCAUUAUCUUGUAUUUAUGCAGUUACAUGUAUCUCUUAUCUCAACAGGGUUUCUCUGUCUGAAAAGAUUUGUUGAAAUUUGAAAUGCUGUAGCUGGCAGCAUAUAUUUACAUUUAUUUAAGACUUUUAUUUUGUAAUUAAGUUAAUAUACAAAAUAUUGUUUCAGAA